AUGGGUGAUGCUCGGGAGGGUGACAUGCACAAUGUGCUGACCGACACGCAGCCCAAAAAGAAGGGGAAGAAGCUUAAGGUUAUUCGAAUCAACUUCGCGAAAGAGGCGACUGGAUCCGAACUUGCGCGCCUCAGCUCCACAAAGCUGCAGCAGGGCCACCGUGCAGCCUCGGAUGGUGAGGCUUCUCACUCUGAUCCGCCGGCCGAAGAUACCGAUCGGCCGUCCUCCUGCGCCGAUCCGCGGUCCGAAGGCGCUGCUCCGCCAACAGCGGCAGCUGCUGACUCAGGUCAUGGCAACGUGGAGGCCAAAGGCGCAAAUGGGCCGACCGUGACAAUUUCCCUUGCCAUUCCGCAGGCCCGCGCAGAUCAGGCAGUGGUCCACGCGGACCACAUGGAUUCUCUCGCCAAAAGACGCUCUCGGCUGGCGGUCGCUGAACAAAGAUGCUCUCGGCGAACGGUCAACGUGGACCGUGACCACGCGGACGAAAAGAUCGGUGCAUGGCUCCAGGCGUGUGCAAAAAAGUUCAAGAAGGCGAAUCGACCAGGUGGAUGUCAAGAGCAGGAAGAGGAGGAAGAGGAGAAAGCGGAGGAAGAGGAAGAGGAGGAAGAGGAGGAAGAGGAGGAAGAGGAGGAAGAUCCACAUGUUCUGGAGAGGAACAUCACACGCCUGCUCAUCACACUGCUGCGCGGCGAGGGGCCCGACUAUACUGCAAUGGUUGACGGGCUGCUGGACGAGGCCGGCAACACUUCGUUUUGCAUCUCUUCGUCCACUGCUGUGCAUGGCGCAUGGUUCCACAGGUGUUUUCUGAGUGUGCUGCUGUUCGGGAAAAGAGCCUCGGGCUGA